UCAUUGGUAGGUCAACCGUGACUCUAGCUCUCUCUCUCUCUCUCUCCUCCGGCUUUUCGUUCGGCAUAAGCCGCAAUAAUUACUUCAAAGUUUUACAGAACUGCUUGAAAAUGGCAGCUUUCUUCAGAAAAACUCAUCAUCAUAGUUGCCAAGUCCAGCAGCAUAUAAACAGGUGCUUGAUGAAACGAUACGGAACUGAUAAUCGGGUCAAACUCAAGACGUUUGGAUUGGUGAGCUGUUUGCAGAUGCAGCAUAAAACUGCAACGGCUUCCUCGGGGCCCGAUCGGCCGGAGCUCCAGGCGGCAAGUAUAGCUGGGAAUCCGUUAGGAGUAGAAUCUGCAUGUUAUUUAACUUCAAACUCUUCUUCUGAAUUAUCUGACUUUGAUAAUCAAGUAUUUAAAUGUAAAGCAUCAGUCAAUAAAACAAAUUGUGGCACUUCACAGAGAACUACCUCAACUGUUGAAGAAAAUGAAGGUUUUACUUUAACUUUCAGCAGAAAAAGAAUCGCACACCAAUCACAACAGCAACAGAGUCAGAGUGACGAUGUUUCAACAAUGUUUGCAUAUAAGAGAAAAUCAGCUACUAAAUCAGGAUUCAUUGAUCAUGCUGAUUAUCUCUCGAGUAAUAAUUUUCUCAAGCAAAGAGCAAGUGGUGGUUUUUGGAAGGAUUCACCAGUGAGGCAUUAUGCAAUGGGACCAAGGUCUCAACACAGGAAGGAAAAGUCUUACUACGAAGUCCUCAACACCACACCAAGUGCCACUCAAGCCCAAGUCAAAGAGGCCUACUUCAAGCUGUCCAAGAUCUAUCACCCAGACAAAAAUGCAGGCAGCAAGGAAGCCCAGCGGAAGUUCGCCUUGAUCAACGAAGCCUACAGUGUCCUCGGCAACCUCACGUUACGUAAGCGCUACGACCGUGGCACUCUCAACCAGCGGGAUGUCCAUGGAGAGGUGAAACCGGAAGAGAAGGCUGCGGAAGAAGGAGUGAAUCGUGAUCCCAUGUACACCAGUUCUGGUAUGGCUUUCAGCAUGGAGGCAAAACGGCAAGCCAAGAACAUGGAUGACUUCUUUAGCAAACACUAUCAAGACGCAAGGGAUAAGGAGCAGAGGAACAGAGCAGAGAGGCAGCAGCGUAUUGAUGAAUACAUGGACCUCCAGAGGAGGGCCAGGCUCUCUCCAUUGUUUCUUGCAGCGUGUUUGAUUGGUGCACUUGCCAUGGCUGUAACGAGUAUUGCACGGAAUGACACAGUAUAUGUAGAGAAGGAACAACCAGGAGCUAAUAAAGAAACAAAAUAAUUACCUAAUUAUCAGUCAGUCAGAGUUUAGGAUGAGAGUGGCAAACAAACUGUUUAAGUAGCAAAUAUACUUACGCCAUUACAUGUAGGUAGUCUAAUUUAAUCGAGGACAGAUAAUCAUUUUUACUUUCCUAUAUAUGUACCUUUACAAGAUAAAGUUUAUAUUCAUAAAUAGGCUCAGAUCAUAUAACUGUACAAGUACACCUGGGGGUGUUUCACAACUUUUUUGACUAAGAUCAACUUUAAGUUGGACUAAACUAUGGACCAAUGCUAAUUAAUGGUGAAUACAAACAGUGGCAAAUACAAACGUUCAUGCCACUGUUUGUAUUCACAAUUAAUUGGCAUUGGUCUCUCAAAAGGAUGUACAAAUCAUGGUCACAAAUCUACAGAAUUUACAUUUUUGGAUAUUUCAUUAUUGAAGGAAAAUAUAAUAUCUAAAGAUCAUAAUGGUGAGAGCAAACGGUGGCACUAAAAGCCUGACAUUGUUAAGUCCGACUUAAAGUCAAUCUUAGUCUUUGUGAAACACCCCCCAGGUGUAUGUUUUAAACAAAUGGCUACCAUUGUAGUCCUCAGGUUUGCUAUCACUUGUUUGACUACAACUUUCCCAACAGUAUUUUGUUCAUUAAGUAAUUUAUGUACAACUGUAGAUACCAAGGUUUUAUUUUUACUCUUAGUAUAUAUAGAAUUUUAAAAGAUUUUCUAAUGGACUGAAUUUGAAUACCGGUACAUAUGCAAUGGAUUAAUUGCAUACAGGUACAUGUACAUGUAUAUUCAAAGUCAGUCUAUCAUAGACUCCAUGUAAAGUCUCCUAGUAUAGGGAAACAUAAAAAAUUCCUCUAGAACAAGGAAAUUGCCUCGUAAUGAUAUACGGACAUAAUAUCAGGGUUCACAAGUCAGGGAAUGAUAAAAAUGUUAAUGAUAAAACUUACCUUGUUAGAAUGAGAAUGAGAAUGAGACUUUGUUAUAUAAAGAAUUUAUUAUGAUGAGCUUCCAUAUUACAGGAAGUAAAGCAAAAAAUAGGCAAAAGCAAAAACAAAAAACACAAAUAUGUAAGAUAUCAUGUAUCGAUGCAUACUUACAUACAUUGGUAUUAGUGUUUUAUCUAGUUGCUGUUUGCCGUACAUUUUAAACCAACUUACUAGUUUUAAUCAUUAAGCAGUUUUAUGUUUGGUGAUUAAUUUUUAAAUGUUUUGAACUUUUAAUCAUAAUACUUUUUUCUUUUUCUGACUUUACAGUCUCAGACAGUUUUGUGCAAUUUGUAUUCUUAUGUUUUAUUAUAUAAAAUAGACUACAUUUGCAAGUAUGUGUACCUGUAAAUAUGUUAAUAAUAAUAAUAUUUUCAAAGAUAAAUAUAUAAAUGAAUUUGCCUACAGUAUUCUUCUAGAAUUUCAGUCUAGAGCUUGGUUUAAGCUUUUAUCUGAAGUAGGGUGUCAUAAAGAGAGUUAAUUGGGGGUCUACUCUAAUUUGUUUUUAUUUGUUAAAUGUGAUCUAAGACCCUGGGCUGGGUAAACUGAAUUAGUAGAAUAUGGACUAUUUACCAUUUACUUUAUGGCAGAUGUGAGUUGGUUUUUGAAUGUACACGUAUAAUGGACAGUGAUUCACUGUACAGUAGAUAUAUGAACUUUCAGGGUCUUGCUGCUCACGUACAGAUAAAGUAUAUUUCUAUUAUCAAGAAAUGAACAUAAUUGUGUGUGAGCUUGUAGGUGUUUCUUUCUUUACGUACUGAAAAAAAUACUGCAUCAUUAAAAGUGUGCUGCUGAAUUGUAUUGCUCAGUGGAAUAAUGUAUGGAAUCCAGUAAACGUAAAAAUGCAGAAGUAGUAAUAUAUUAGUAACUUAUGAUGAUCCAUAUACCGGUAUUCAUGUGUUUAGACACAUUGCACACACAUCUUUUGUGGAUUACCGAGGUGAAAAAGUUGACAUGCCAUCUGAUAAUCUGACACUGACUAGUCGUACAUCACAGGUUAAAUGGAAAGGUUUUCUAGUUUGCUGUGCAUGGAGUACAUAUAUUCAAACUUCAAAGUAAUUUUACUUGUACAUGUAUUAUGCCGAGUUGCUGACACCAGGUCCAGAAAUUUUUCUUGGGUUAGUUUAUAAACUCUGCUGUCAACUAAAACAAUUCAAAAGAAUGUUAAUGACACUUCUCAUUACUGUAUGUCAAAUUUUAACUUAACCUAUUGCAUACAAGGACUGUAUUUAAGCCUAGGAGAAUUGGAGCAUUUCAGUGCAAUGGGGUAACAAUAUUAUGCACAACUACAGCUGUUUUAAGAAAUGAUUUUAAUAGGAGCAGAGUGCCCGGGUAGACAUGAUAUUAUUCAAGGUGCGUUUUUUUCUUGGGCAGGUGAUACUUAAAUAAAUCCUCUACUUCAGCACAAAAUGAUGAAGAAGUUUAUGGAUACAUUUAUGUGUACCAACAUCUUUUAGAAUAUAUUCAUUUAUUGUUAUAUUAACUGCCAAACAUAUCUUUUGAAAUUGAUUUGUUUCAGGCUUCAUGCUACAUGUGAAUGAAUAAAUUUGUAUCUAUUCUAAUCACAA